CUGUCCUUCCUCAUCUCGUCCCGGUCCUGCAGCGUGAUGGUCAGCAGCAGAAUGUUGCUCCUCAGCGCCUCCUGCUGGCUGCUGGUUGUUGUGGGCUGCUGUGAAGAACAAACGCAUGAGGACAUUUUCAAGACGCCAGAGGAGAAAGAACUGAUUGAAGCUCUGCAGGACGUUCUGGAGAAGUUAAAAAGCAAACAGCUGCCGAGCACAGAGAAGAAACAGAGCUGGCUUCCUUCAUGUGAUGCAGGGCAGCUGUGUGCUCUGCGUAAAGGCUCGAGGAUUGGGAAACUGUGUGGAUGUCCAACAGGGACCGUCUGCAACUUCACUGUCCUUAAAUGUCUGUAGAGAAAAAAGAAGUGAAAUAAAGACAGCUUUUCAGGAACUCCACCUGACGGUGUCUGACUGUCUGUCUGUCUGUCUGUCUGACUGUUUGACUGUCUCUCUCAGAACAGAAACGGGAUUUUACAAACUGGUCACAUCUAUUUAUUGACGUCAUAAUCAACUGCCAACACACACACAGCCGUCAGCAUCAGGUAAUUAAAGAAGUUUCAUCUGUGGUUUAUCUGAAGAAAACAAAAAAAAAAACAUUCACAAAUGUAGUAGUAGUUGUAGCA